AUGUUCUCAUCUGUGAUCGUUGCGCUCCUAGCGGCACAUGGAGUCGACGCCUGGGGAUCACUCGGACAUCAAACGAUAGCGUACAUUGCCACUUCCUUUGUCGCUCCAGAGACCCAGCAAUGGGCACAAGAUAUUUUGAAUGAUACCACGAGCUCAUACCUGGCCAAUGUUGCCACAUGGGCCGAUUCAUACCGCUACACCGCGGAAGGAGCAUUCAGCGCCCCAUUCCACUACAUCGAUGCCAAUGAUGACCCGCCGCACAGCUGCAAUGUGGAUUUUGAUCGCGACUGUGGAACCUCGGGCUGCCUUGUUUCUGCCAUUGCCAACUACACCACACGCGUCCAAGCAACAAAAUCUUUGAGUCGUACUCAGGUCAACUACGCGCUUCGUUGGAUCGUGCACUUUGUGGGAGACAUCACUCAGCCGCUUCAUGACGAGGCGUUCGAGAUUGGCGGUAAUGGCGUCAAUGUCACUUUUGCUGGCAAGCGUACCAAUCUACAUGCCACUUGGGACACAAGCAUUCCCGAACAGCUCGAAGGCGGAUAUGGUCUUGCUGUUGCGAAGAAGUGGGCUGCCAAUCUUACCACGGAGAUCACAAGYGGCUGUUAUGCAAAUCAGAAGUCAAGCUGGGUUGCUGGGCUAGACAUUGACGAUGCAAAAGCAACUUCCUUGGGGUGGGCAACGGAUGCGAACCAAUACGUUUGCUCGACCGUGAUGCCUAAUGGAGCAGACGUGCUUCGAAGCGGUGACUUGUACCCACAAUACUACAACAGUGCUGUUGAUACCGUGGAGCUGCAGAUUGCCAAGGGAGGAUAUCGACUCGCCAAGUACCUAGAUGCUAUUGCGGCGGCGAAGGACAUUUCCAAGCGAGAGCUACGCUUUGUGAUGCCGCGGGAAGAUCUCAGUGGAGAGUACCUUUUACCUGGUGGUGAGAUGACUCCGGCUCAGUUAAGGAGAGCGGCUGUUGGCGGGUACAACUGCAAGCACUGA